AUUGGCUCAUUUCUCAUCUCUUCCAAACAAAAGUCUACCUUGAACAGUCCAAGAACAGCUGAACUCUUAAUGAGAUCUCUCAGCUGAACUCUCAAUGAGAUCUCUCAGUUAUCUAUCCCAUUUUCUGAAAAGAAAGAAUAAAAUCAAAUAGGUAUGAAUUUGAAAUGGUUUCUAAAUUUAAUGUUUUGCCAUAUUUAUUAUUUUUAUGUUUUGGAGAUGUUUUUAUGUACCCUAAAGCUUUUUGAGUAAGAUAAAGAGUGAGUUUUCUAAAUUUGCCUGCCUGCAAAGGAGCUCAAAGCCUGCGACCCUUAACAAACAGCAAAAGCUGAAAAAUUGGAAAAAGAAAGUUGUCGAAGAGCUCUUCGUUACCAGAACAUCAAAAUGUCUGGACUUCAAGACUUGGAAGCUGAAAUCUUAGGGACGAAACAGCCAUUCCUCUCUCAGCCAUUUGGUUGGGUGAGUAGCAAUAGUGUAUUAUUUCCGAGCAGCUCAUCAAAAUCUUCAGUUUCACGUACAAGAUCUCGAAGGACGUUUUUUGAUGUUCGGGGAACUUGUUUUCUUUGCGAGGAACCUUUGGGUGAUCACAGAGACAUAUUCAUGUACAGAGGAGAUUCAUUCUGUAGCAAGGAAUGCCGGCUACGCCAAAUGGCUAAAGAUGAAACCAGUGACCGAAUACAGAUCAAUCCUAGUGAUCCAGCUUCAGUGAGAAUGGCAAGGAUUAAAUCUAAGCUGGGCAAGAAAUUUGACACAAGAACCAUUUUUGAGGGAAUAACUGAAGUUAGGGAUCAAUGUUGGACCAAAGCAACACACCCAAGAGCAGAACUAGAGAAUAAACAGAAACCAAUAUGCAUUGCUCCAUCUGAGACAUUACUUGAAGCUAUUAUAGAAAAAGAUAUGAAAUUUGAUCGUAGCCUGAACAUAAUCAUGGGAAGCAUGGGAAAUUCAGAUAUAGGUAAGAUUGGGAUUUAUGGAAGAGCAGGGAUUGGAAAAUCAACUUUGUUAGAAACCCUGAGGGAUCAGCCUAUGGUAAGGAGAUUUUUUGAAAGUGUUAUUUGGGUUAAGGUUUCCAUGGUUUGGCGCAUGAUCCAGGUGCAGCAGGAGAUCUUGAGACAAUUAGCUUCUAGAAAGAUUGAUCAUAAUGAGCAUAUAAACUCACAGGGACUGUUCAAUUUGCUAAAUUGCAAGAAGUUCUUAUUAAUUUUGGAUGAUGUUUGUGAGUUCAUAAAUCUAGAAAUGAUGGGAAUCCCUAAGCCAACCCCUGAAAAUGGUUGCAAGAUAAUUUUGACAACUAGAUUAGAGCAGAUAUGCGAUCAGAUGGCAGUGGACUGGAAGGUAAGACUAGAAGAUUUAUUGUCCUGGGAAUUGUUUUGCCAGAAUGUUGGUGAAAUUGUGGAUUCUUCUCCCAGCGUUCAACCACUAGCAAGAAGAAUAGUUGAGAUGUGUUGCCACUGUUCACAUGCCAUCAUCCUAGUUGCAAGGGCAUUAAAAGAUGCUUGUGAUAUUCGUAUCUGGAACAAUGUGCUUGAAACAUUAAGCAAGGAACCUGUAUGGGUGAUAUCUCAUCAAGACAAAUUAGAAAUUAUCAUGAUUAAUGCAUUAAAAUUCAGCUAUGAAUGUCUACCUGAUGACAUAACUAGAAAAUGCUUAAGAAAUUGUGUGCAGCUUUUUCAGAAUCAAGUGUUUAAAGUAGCAUUGUUGAUAGAUAGCUGGAUUGCAGAUGGUCUAAUAGAUAACCAUCAUAAAGGCAAUCAAAUUCUGGACACGCUGACAAGUGCCAAUCUACUGAGGAGAACUUCUGGCAGUCAAUUUGUUGAGCUGGAGGAGACGUAUCGACAUAUAUUAGUAGAUCAUAUCAUCUUACCAGAGGAGGGGAGAUUGUUUCUGAUGCAAGGAGGUAUGAGAUUGACUGAGACACCAAAGGUUGAGGAAUGGGAGAGCUCGAAAGUUAUUUACUUGAUGGAUAAUGAACUAUCGGUGUUGCCAGAGAAUCCAAGAUGCCUCAUACUAGAAGCAUUGUUCCUCCAAAGAAAUUGCAAAUUAAGAGAGAUACCUCCAUCAUUUUUCCAUCAUAUGCCUGCUCUAAAAAUCCUGAACCUGUCCAGAACUCGCAUCAAGUCUUUGCCAGAAUCUGUAUUCAAGUUGGUGAGCCUUAGAAGGCUCUAUUUAAAUAAUUGUGAACUGCUUAUGGCAUUGUCUCCUAGUGUUGGAGAGCUGAAGCAUCUUGAGGUACUUGAUCUUCAAGGGACAGAGAUCAUGGAUCUGCCUAAGGAAAUUGAACGAUUAACAAAUCUGACAUGCUUGGAAGUGUCAUUCUGUGAGCCUAUGAAUCAUAGAAGAUCAAAACAGUCAAAUCCUUUGAUUCCUUGUGGUAUGAUAUCUGCUUUAUCACAGUUAGAAGAAUUAAGCAUCGACGCGAGUCCUGAUGAUGAAUGGUGGAAUGCAUGUGUGGAGGAUGUUGUUUCUGAAGUUUGUCACUUACCAGUGCUAAACACACUUAAAUUCUACUUUCCUAGGGUAGAACUUCUGAGAUAUUUCAAGUGGUAUGAUGCUGUUAUGGCAGAUCCACCAUUGUCACAUUUCAGAUUUACUGUUGGUUGUAGGGUCAAGCGCAUCAUAUCUCGACUCCCUAGCGAUAUUGAGUUCGAGUUGGAACGAUAUGCUAGGUGCUUGAAGUAUGUAAAUGGUACAGCAAUCCCUGGAGAUAUCAAGCAGGCACUUAGACAUGCAACUGCAAUUUUCUUAGAUCGCCAUGUGACUAUUAGAAAAUUAUCUGAAUUUGGAUAUGGAAAUCUGAAGCAACUAAAAUGUUGUGUGGUGGGGGAAUGCAAUGAGCUUCAAGCAAUUAUAGAUGGAGAUCAAAUAGAAGCCAGACUUGGUGAUUUAGCACUGGAAUAUCUGCACAUAUACUAUAUGAAGAAUUUAAGAAGCAUAUGGGAGGGACCAUUGCAUGAUAGUGGCUUAUUUGUUCUGAAAUUCUUGACUCUGCGCGCAUGUCCACAGUUAACCACCAUUUUCACUUCGGAAUUGCUUAGAACUCUCAUAUGUCUAGAAGAGCUCACAGUUGAUGAUUGCCCUGAAAUCAUAAACUUAGUGGCCUGCUAUAAAUGCGAGGAUGUACAAAUCUUCCCAAGGUUAAAGAAGGUAUCUCUCCAUUACUUGCCUAGACUGGUUGGAUUCUCCGAGUGUUUGGUGUUUGUUAUUGCCCCAAUCUCAAAAAGCUACCUAUUCUUGAUAAAGCUUUAAAUGGAAAUCUAAGGAAGAUCAUGGGCGAGUCUAGCUGGUGGAAGUCAUUGAAGUGGGAAAGCACAAAGGAUUCUUGGGAUGACAUAUUUGUUCCUGUUGAUGUAUGUUAUUGAAUGGCUAUAGUCUUGUUGGAAUAGAGGCAUUGUUGCAGUUGAGAAUUAGCAUUCCAUAUAUGCAGAACUUAUAAACAUACAUAAUAUAGUUAUUGAACUCACGAAUAGAAUUAAAAAACCACCGCAAAGUUGCUGCUA